UGGACGCCGGGCUGCUGCUGCUGCAUGCGUCCUGGGCAGUGCUGGGGCGGCGGAGCGUCAGAAGAGGGGUGACGAGGCGAGAGAUUGGGAGACCCCCCUGAAGGACCAGCGAGACUCGGAGACCAGAGACUCGCCCUGGAAGACCUGGGGCUCAGGGCGCGAGCGUAUUUCUUUGCGUUCUCAGGGAGAGCGCGCGGGGUUCGCCCCAUGGCCGGGAUUCCGGGCCGCGAUCCUUGGGGGGCCCCUGGGAUUUGUUACCUUCUCGGCUCCCUGCUCGCCGGACUGCUCUCCCCGGGGGCUGUAGCCUUCAAUCUGGACGUGAUGGGCGCCCUGCGCAAGGAGGGCGAGCCGGGGAGCCUCUUCGGCUUCUCUGUGGCUCUGCACCGGCAAUUGCAGCCCCGACCCCAGAGCUGGCUGCUGGUGGGCGCUCCCCAGGCUCUGGCUCUGCCUGGGCAGCAGGCGAAUCGCACCGGAGGACUCUUCGCCUGCCCCCUGAGCCUGGAAGAGACUGACUGCUCCAGGGUGGACAUCGACCGGGGAGCGGAUGUGCAGAAGGAGAGUAAGGAGAACCAGUGGUUGGGAGUCAGUGUUCGGAGCCAGGGGCCUGGGGGCAAGGUUGUUACCUGUGCACACCGAUACGAGUCGCGGCAGCGAGUGGACCAGAUCCUGGAGACAAGGGAUGUGAUUGGUCGCUGCUUUGUGCUAAGCCAAGACCUGGCCAUCCAUGACGAGCUGGAUGGUGGGGAGUGGAAGUUCUGUGAGGGGCGCCCGCAGGGCCACGAACAGUUUGGGUUCUGCCAGCAGGGCACAGCCGCUGCCUUCUCUCCAGACAGCCACUACCUCCUCUUUGGAGCCCCAGGAACUUAUAACUGGAAGGGCACGGCCAGGGUGGAGCUCUGUGCACAGGGCUCAGCGGACCUGGCACAUCUGGACGACGGGCCCUACGAGGCGGGGGGUGAGAAGGAGCAGGACCCCCGCCUCAUCCCGGUCCCUGCCAACAGCUACUUCGGUAGGGACCCCUCCCCGGCCCAGAGCUGCUCUAACCCUCUGUUCCUCUCUCUCUCAUCCUCCCUCUCCACGCUCCCAUCCUUCUGUCUCUGUCUCUGUCUCUCUGUCUCUGAUUCUUAUCUCUCUGGUCUCUUUGUCUCUCUCAUGUUCUUUCUCCACUUCUUCCUCUUCUACCUCCUCCUCGCCUUUCCGUCUGCCUCGGUCUCUCCACUCUGUGGCCUCUUCCCCGGAUGUCCCUCCCUGGUGUCUCCCCCCACCCCCACCCCAUCCCCCGCAGGGUUGCUCUUUGUGACCAACAUUGAUAGCUCAGACCCUGACCAGCUGGUGUAUAAAACUUUGGACCCUGCUGACCGGCUCCCAGGACCAGCCGGAGACUUGGCCCUGAAUAGCUACUUAGGUUUCUCCAUUGACUCGGGGAAGGCGCUGAUGCGAGCAGAGGAGCUGAGCUUUGUGGCAGGGGCCCCUCGUGCCAACCACAAGGGUGCUGUGGUCAUUCUGCGCAAAGACAGUGCCAGCCGCCUGGUGCCCGAAGUUACACUGUCUGGGGAGCGCCUGACCUCCGGCUUUGGCUACUCACUGGCUGUGGCUGAUCUCAACAAUGAUGGCUGGACAGACCUGAUAGUGGGUGCCCCCUACUUCUUUGAGCGCCAAGAAGAGUUGGGGGGUGCCGUGUAUGUGUAUAUGAACCAGGGGGGUCACUGGGCUGGGGUCUCCCCUCUCCGGCUCUGCGGCUCCCCUGACUCCAUGUUUGGGAUCAGCCUGGCUGUCUUGGGGGACCUCAACCAAGACGGCUUCCCAGACAUCGCCGUGGGGGCUCCCUUCGAUGGGGAUGGGAAAGUCUUCAUCUACCACGGGAGCAGCCUGGGGCUUGUCAUCACAGCUUCCCAGGUGCUGGAGGGCGAGGCCGUGGGCAUAAAGAGCUUUGGCUACUCCCUGUCGGGCGGCCUGGACGUGGAUGGGAACCAUUACCCGGACCUGCUGGUGGGCUCCCUGGCCGACACGGCCGUGCUCUUCAGGGCCAGGCCCGUCCUCCACGUCUCCCAUGAGGUCUCUAUCCUUCCGAGAACCAUCGACCUAGAACAGCCCAACUGUGCCGGCGGCCACUCAGUCUGCAUGGACCUAAGGGUCUGUUUCAGCUACGUCGCAUCGCCCAGCAGCUACAGCCCUGUUGUGGCCCUGGAUUACACGUUAGAUGGGGACACAGACCGGAGGCUCCGGGGCCAGGUCCCCCGUGUGACAUUCCUGAGCCGUGGCCCGGAUGACCCUAAGCACCAGGCCUCAGGCACCGUGUGGCUGAAACGCCAGCGUGACCGAGUCUGUGGUGACACCACGCUCCAGCUUCAGGAGAAUGUCAAAGACAAGCUUCGGGCCAUUGUGGUGACCCUGUCCUAUAGUCUCCCGACCCCUCGGCUCCGGCGACAGGCUCCUGGCCAGGGGCUGCCCCCAGCGGCCCCCAUCCUCAAUGCCCACCAGCCCAGCACCCAGCGGACGGAGAUCCACUUCCUGAAGCAAGGCUGUGGGGAAGAUAAGAUCUGUCAGAGCAACCUGCGGCUGGUCCACGCCCGUUUCUGCACCCGCAUCAGUGACACCGAGUUUCAGCCUCUGCCCAUGGACGCAGAUGGGACGACAGCCCUGUUUGCACUGAGUGGGCAGCCAGUCAUCGGCCUGGAGCUGAAGGUCAGCAAUCUGCCCUCGGACCCAGCCCAGCCCCAGGCCGACGGGGAUGACGCUCACGAGGCCCAGCUCCUGGUCACCCUCCCUGCCUCUCUGCACUACUCAGGAGUCCGGGCCCUGGACCCUGCGGAGAAGCCACUGUGCCUGUCCAAUGACAACGCCUCCCACGUCGAGUGUGAGCUUGGGAACCCCAUGAAGAGAGGCGCCCAGGUCACCUUCUACCUCAUCCUUAGCACCUCAGGGAUCACCAUUGAGACCACAGAGCUAGAGGUGGAGCUGCUGUUAGCCACGAUCAGCGAGCAGGAGCUGCGUCCGGUCUCUGCCCGAGCUCGUGUCUUCAUCGAGCUGCCGCUGUCCAUCACAGGGGUGGCCAUUCCCCAGCAGCUCUUCUUCUCCGGCGUGGUGCGGGGUGAGAGUGCCAUGCGGUCUGAGCGGGAUGUGGGCAGCAAGGUCAAGUACGAGGUCACGGUCUCCAACCAAGGCCAGUCACUCAACACCCUGGGCUCUGCCUUCCUCAACAUCAUGUGGCCCCACGAGAUUGCCAACGGGAAGUGGCUGCUGUACCCCAUGCGGGUCGAGCUGGAGGGCGGGCAGGGGCCCGGGCAGAAGGGGCUCUGUUCCCCCAGGCCCAACGCCCUCUACCUGGAUGUGGACAGCAGGGACAGGAGGCGGCGGGAGCUGGGGCAGCCGGAGCAGCCGGAGCCUCGUGAGCAGCCGGAGCCCAGCACGUCCUGGUGGCCAGUGUCCUCUGCUGAGAAGAAGAAAAAUGUCACCCUGGACUGCGCCCAGGGCACGGCCAACUGCAUGGUGUUCAGCUGCCCUCUCUACAGUUUUGACCGCGCGGCUGUGCUGCACGUCUGGGGCCGCCUCUGGAACAGCACCUUCCUGGAGGAGUACUCAGCUGUGAAGUCCCUGGAGGUGAUUGUUCGAGCCAACAUCACCGUGAAGUCCUCCAUCAAGAACCUGCUGCUCAGAGACGCCUCCACGGUGAUCCCAGUGAUGGUAUACUUGGACCCCGUGGCGGUGGUGGCAGAAGGAGUCCCCUGGUGGGUCAUCCUCCUGGCUGUCCUGGCCGGGCUGCUGGUGUUGGCGCUACUGGUGUUGCUCAUGUGGAAGAUGGGAUUCUUCAAGCGAGCGCGGUACCCCGAAGCCGCAGUGCCCCAGUACCACGCGGUGAAGAUCCCGCGGGAAGACCGGCAGCAGUUCAAGGAGGAGAAGACGGGCACGAUCCUGAGGAACAACUGGGGCAGCCCCCGGCGGGAGGGCCCCGACGCUCACCCCAUCCUGGCUGGGGAUGGGCAGCCCGAGCUGGGCCCCGAUGGCCACCCUGUGCCAAGCACUGCCUAGCCUCCUUUGUCCCAGCUGGCCCUGGGGCCCCCGCCACCCCUUCCCCAGAGACGGCUCCUGGGGGUGAAGAGGGGGGACCCGGUCGCUGGUGUCCCAUCAGAAUUUGGCAGGAUCUGCUUCCUCAGGGCACAGACCUCUACCCCCAUGAGGACCACCCCCCAAACAUCCCCUUAGGAUGCUGUUAGGUGAGAGGGGAAAUCAGGGAUGGGUCAUGGGGGAGGGUGAGGAGGGCAGCGAUGUUCUGAUGCAAAAGUGGGGAAGGGGACCCUAAUCCUUCCCUCUCCCAUUCACCCUGUCUAAUGGAACCCCAAGGACCUGUCUCCCCAAAAGUGCCUUAAGCCCAGAGGGUGGGGAGGAGGUUAUGUCGCUGACUCAGGGGCUCUUCCCUCCCUAGCUUCCCCUCUCCUCUGACCUUAGUUGGCUGAUCCAAUCUAGCAGAUUUUGUCUAUUUAUUAAAAAAUACUUGAGGACAAAACCUGGCUCCUUUACUGAGUCUGGCCGCCUCCUGCCCAGGGUCUGCAGGAGAGGGCAGAUUUUCUCUGCACGCACACAGCUCAG